CUCAGAGGCGGCCCCGCGGGGGUGGCCGCAGCUUCAGGCCUGCCCCUCCCUCCUUCCCUCCCAACUUCCCUCCCUCCCCGCAGCCCCACCACGUCUGAGUUCGGAUUCUCCACCCGAGUCGUCCUUCUUUCCCUUUGCCUCUCGUUUGGAAACGAGAGAGGUGGAGGGAGGCUCCCAGGCUGCACAGGAGAGGCCCGCCAAGUCUGCCCGCCUGCAAAGUGUUGCUUUGACACAUCCUGAUUAUGGAAGUAAAGUGAAAAACAAAAAACAAACAAACCAAAAAACCAAAACCAAACAAACAAACAAAAACUCUGGACGUGGAGCUGCUACGGAGAAGGGGACCGGAGGAAAGGACACCAGCGGGCAGGCCCAUGGUUUUUCGGCGGCGCGCUGGCAAGUGUGUGGAACACUUUCUAGGAAUUAGGUCUUUUUCCUCCCCCUUCAUCGUCUUGACUUCUGAAGAAAGAACUUGGCUUUGGAUUGCAAUGGAGCCUAAGGAAAGAGGGUUAGACACACUUGAAUAAUCCGUGCGUCUGGCUGGGCUGAAUUUGUGGGAAUUUAGGGAGCCAGAGUGGGGACAUACUGCAGCCUUUGAAGUGUCCUCUGUUAAACUGGAUGGAUCUAACUGUGCCCCAUUCAAGACCACUCCACCAACCCCUCUGAUCCUGCGAUCUGCUCUUCUUGACUUCAAUUAGUCUCUAGGAAAGUCUAAACUUUGGACCUACCUCUUUUUUUGAUACUUAUUUUUGUACUUUUACUCUCUGGGAUUGGUUUCAUAAACAAUCUGGAUCCUUUUUAAUAUGUCACAAUGAGUCUGCUGAUGUUUACACAACUACUGCUCUGUGGAUUUUUAUAUGUCCGGGUUGAUGGAUCUCGUCUUCGCCAGGAAGACUUUCCUCCACGGAUUGUGGAGCACCCUUCAGAUGUCAUUGUCUCUAAGGGAGAGCCCACCACUCUGAACUGUAAGGCGGAGGGCCGGCCAACGCCCACCAUUGAGUGGUACAAGGAUGGUGAGAGGGUGGAGACGGACAAGGAUGAUCCCCGGUCUCACAGGAUGCUUCUGCCCAGCGGAUCCUUAUUCUUCUUGCGCAUUGUGCACGGGCGGAGAAGUAAACCUGACGAAGGAAGCUACGUUUGUGUUGCAAGGAACUAUCUCGGCGAAGCAGUGAGUCGAAAUGCAUCUCUGGAAGUAGCAUUGUUACGUGAUGACUUCCGGCAAAACCCUACAGAUGUUAUAGUAGCGGCUGGAGAGCCUGCAAUCCUGGAGUGCCAGCCACCCCGGGGACACCCAGAACCCACCAUCUAUUGGAAAAAGGACAAAGUCCGAAUUGAUGACAAAGAAGAAAGAAUAAGUAUCCGUGGUGGAAAACUGAUGAUCUCCAACACCAGGAAAAGUGACGCGGGGAUGUAUACUUGUGUUGGCACCAACAUGGUGGGAGAAAGAGACAGCGAUCCAGCAGAGCUGACUGUCUUUGAACGACCAACAUUUCUCAGGAGGCCAAUUAACCAGGUAGUGCUGGAGGAAGAAGCUGUAGAAUUCCGCUGUCAGGUCCAGGGAGAUCCUCAACCAACCGUGAGAUGGAAAAAGGAUGAUGCAGACUUGCCAAGAGGAAGGUAUGACAUCAAAGAUGAUUACACACUAAGAAUUAAAAAGGCCAUGAGUACAGAUGAAGGCACCUACAUGUGUAUUGCUGAGAAUCGAGUUGGAAAAGUGGAAGCCUCAGCUACCCUCACAGUCCGAGCUCGCCCUGUUGCUCCUCCACAGUUUGUGGUUAGGCCCAGAGAUCAGAUUGCUGCUCAAGGUCGAACAGUGACAUUUCCCUGUGAAACUAAAGGAAAUCCACAGCCCGCUGUUUUCUGGCAGAAAGAAGGCAGCCAGAACCUCCUUUUCCCAAACCAACCCCAGCAGCCCAAUAGCAGAUGCUCAGUGUCGCCAACCGGAGACCUCACGAUCACCAACAUCCAGCGUUCAGACGCCGGUUACUACAUCUGCCAGGCCUUAACUGUGGCAGGAAGCAUUUUAGCAAAAGCUCAACUGGAGGUUACUGAUGUUUUGACAGACAGACCUCCACCCAUAAUUCUGCAAGGCCCAGCCAACCAAACACUAGCAGUAGAUGGUACAGCGUUACUGAAAUGCAAAGCCACUGGUGACCCUCUUCCUGUGAUUAGCUGGUUAAAGGAGGGAUUCACUUUUCUGGGUAGAGAUCCAAGAACAACCAUACUAGAACAAGGAACACUGCAGAUUAAGAAUUUACGGCUUUCUGAUACUGGCACAUAUACUUGCGUGGCUACAAGUUCAAGUGGGGAGACUUCUUGGAGUGCAGUGCUGGAUGUGACAGAAUCUGGAGCAACAAUCAGUAAAAAUUAUGAUUUAAAUGACCUGCCAGGGCCACCGUCCAAACCGCAGGUCACUGAUGUGACUAAGAACAGUGUCACCUUGUCCUGGCAACCAGGUACCCCUGGAACUCUUCCAGCAAGUGCAUAUAUCAUUGAGGCUUUCAGCCAAUCUGUGAGCAAUAGCUGGCAAACCGUGGCAAACCAUGUAAAGACCACCCUCUACACUGUGAGAGGACUGCGGCCCAAUACCAUCUACUUAUUCAUGGUCAGAGCCAUCAAUCCCCAAGGUCUCAGUGACCCAAGCCCUAUGUCAGAUCCUGUGCGCACACAAGAUAUCAGCCCUCCAGCACAAGGUGUGGACCACAGACAAGUACAGAAAGAGCUGGGAGAUGUCAUUGUUCGUCUUCACACUCCAGUUGUAUUGACUUCCACCACAGUUCAGGUCACGUGGACGGUGGAUCGCCAGCCCCAGUUUAUUCAAGGCUACCGAGUGCUGUAUCGUCAGACUUCAGGACUGCAGGCUACAUCGUCAUGGCAGAAUCUAGAUGCCAAAGUUCCCACUGAGCGAACUGCUGUCUUAGUUAAUCUGAAAAAGGGGGUGACCUACGAAAUUAAAGUCCGGCCAUAUUUUAAUGAGUUCCAAGGAAUGGACAGUGAAUCUAAAACAGUUCGUACUACUGAAGAAGCCCCAAGUGCCCCUCCGCAGUCUGUCACUGUGCUGACGGUUGGAAGUCACAAUAGCACAAGUAUUAGUGUUUCCUGGGACCCGCCUCCUCCAGAUCACCAGAAUGGAAUUAUCCAGGAGUACAAGAUAUGGUGUUUGGGGAAUGAAACGAGAUUCCAUAUCAACAAAACUGUGGAUGCAGCCAUUCGUUCUGUAAUAAUUGGUGGAUUAUUCCCAGGAAUUCAGUACCGGGUCGAGGUUGCAGCUAGUACCAGUGCAGGGGUUGGAGUAAAAAGUGAGCCACAGCCAAUAAUAAUUGGAGGACGUAAUGAAGUUGUCAUUACUGAAAACAAUAACAGCAUAACAGAGCAGAUUACUGAUGUUGUGAAGCAACCGGCUUUUAUAGCUGGGAUCGGUGGUGCCUGCUGGGUAAUUUUGAUGGGUUUUAGCAUCUGGUUGUAUUGGCGACGAAAGAAGAGAAAGGGACUUAGUAAUUAUGCAGUUACAUUUCAAAGAGGAGAUGGAGGACUAAUGAGCAACGGAAGCCGUCCAGGUCUUCUGAAUGCUGGUGAUCCCAAUUAUCCAUGGCUUGCUGAUUCAUGGCCAGCCACGAGCUUACCAGUAAACAAUAGCAAUAGUGGUCCAAAUGAGAUUGCGAACUUUGGACGUGGAGAUGUGCUGCCACCGGUUCCAGGCCAAGGGGAUAAAACAGCAACCAUGCUCUCAGAUGGAGCCAUUUAUAGCAGCAUUGACUUCACUACCAAAACCACUUACAACAGUUCCAGCCAAAUAACGCAGGCUACCCCAUAUGCCACGACACAGAUCUUGCAUUCCAAUAGCAUUCAUGAAUUGGCUGUCGAUCUGCCUGAUCCACAAUGGAAAAGCUCAAUUCAGCAAAAAACAGAUCUGAUGGGAUUUGGUUAUUCUCUGCCUGAUCAGAACAAAGGUAACAAUGCCUUACUUUACAUCCCUGACUACCGAUUGGCUGAGGGAUUGUCUAAUAGAAUGCCACACAACCAGUCACAGGAUUUCAGCACCACCAGCUCUCACAACAGCUCAGAAAGGAGUGGCAGUCUCUCAGGUGGAAAGGGUGGAAAAAAGAAGAAAAAUAAAAACUCUUCUAAACCACAGAAAAACAAUGGAUCUACCUGGGCCAAUGUCCCUCUACCUCCUCCUCCAGUCCAACCCCUUCCUGGUACAGAGCUGGAACACUAUGCAGUGGAACAGCAAGAAAAUGGCUAUGACAGUGAUAGCUGGUGCCCACCAUUACCAGUACAAACAUACCUACACCAGGGAAUGGAAGAUGAACUGGAAGAAGAUGAUGAUCGGGUCCCAACACCUCCUGUCCGAGGCGUGGCCUCUUCUCCUGCUAUCUCCUUUGGACAGCAGUCUACAGCAACUCUUACUCCAUCCCCACGGGAAGAGAUGCAACCCAUGCUGCAGGCUCACCUGGAUGAGCUGACAAGGGCCUAUCAGUUCGAUAUAGCAAAGCAAACAUGGCACAUUCAAAGCAAUAAUCAACCUCCACAGCCUCCAGUUCCACCAUUAGGUUAUAUGUCCGGAGCCUUGAUUUCUGAUUUGGAAACAGAUGUUCCAGAUGAUGAUGCUGAUGAUGAAGAGGACGCUUUAGAAAUCCCCAGGCCCCUGAGAGCACUAGACCAGACGCCUGGAUCCAGUAUGGACAAUCUAGACAGCUCUGUGACAGGAAAAGCCUUUACCGCCUCUCAAAGGCCUCGACCUACCAGCCCAUUUUCUACUGACAGUAACACCAGUGCAGCCCUGAGUCAGAGGCCUAGGCCCACGAAAAAACACAAGGGAGGGCGCGUGGACCAACAACCAGCAUUGCCUCAUCGAAGGGAAGGAAUGACAGAUGAUCUUCCACCACCACCAGAUCCCCCACCAGGUCAGGGUUUAAGGCAGCACAUAGGCCCAAGCCAGCAUGCUGGUAAUGCGGAAAACUCAACAGAAAGAAAAGGAAGCUCCCUAGAGAGACAACACGCACCCAACUUAGAAGACUCAAAGAGCACGUUGGAUUGUCCAGCUAGAACCUCCCUAGAGUGGCAGCGACAAACCCAGGAAUGGAUAAACUCCACAGAACGCCAAGAAGACAUACGGAAAGCCCCACACAAACAAGGUGUCGGAUCAGAGGAAGCCUUGGUGCCAUAUAGCAAGCCCAGUUUCCCAUCUCCAGGUGGCCACAGCUCUUCGGGAACAGCUUCUUCAAAAGGAUCCACUGGACCUAGGAAAGCAGAAGUGCUGAGGGGAGGCCACCAGCGUAAUGCCAGCGACCUCCUUGACAUAGGAUAUAUGGGCUCAAAUAGUCAAGGACAGUUUACAGGUGAAUUAUAGUAACUGAGAGGAGACAUACAAAGCUGCUCUGAAGGAUCAUCAGGUCCGAACUCAUGGAAGUGAUGACACUAAACAGUGCAAUGGACAAUUUCUUUAUUUAUGUACUAUUGAAAGAACUGUAAAUGCAAUGUAAAGACACACAGCCACACAUAUCCCACAGAUAUUUUACUUGUGUUCUUCUCUUAAGUACACCACCCACCUUAACUCUUUCUUGUCAGGAGUAUAUUAAAAAAAAAAUGAAAAAGAAAGAAAACAAAAAUCUCCCUCCAGGAAGAAAAAGAUUUUCCUCUGUAUAUAAUUUCUUUUGUGCAUUGCUAUGCAAGCUCACUCUUUUUAGCUCUGUUCAUAUUAUUGUCUGUUCUUAUUGGUCUGUUGUACUAUAUGUGAAUUAAUAGGCUGUGGUGCCAUAUAUUAACUUUUAAUUGUGUAACUUUUAUGUUUAAAUUUUGCACUGCAAUUUUAUUUGGUGAUAAGCACAAAUCUCUACUCCUCAUGACAUGAAGAAAAAGACUGAAUGUGAAGGGAGUUUCUGUACUGUAAGCUAGGUUGGAUAAUUCUGGUAAUAGCCAGUCAUGUUAGAUGGUUUUCAGUUGGGGUGUAGAAAUAGGAAGAUGCGAUGGUGUUAGUAAAGUCUUCUUUGAACAUCAGGGACUGAGUCAAUAUAAAGAAAGCAGAAAGGUGGCUUUUAUUAUUGACAAAAGCAGGGGUCACAAGAAAGAAGUUUGUCUUAAGAUUGAAUAUGCAUUAAAAUAAACAGGUAGCAGAUAUGUACUAAAAUUGCUAAAAACAAUGAAAGUUUUAUUUAGAAUCAAUUUUAACUAUUCAACUGUGAUUGUAAUUGACCCAUCAGAGAAUUACAAUAAGCAAAAAGAAAUUAAGUAAGGUAUUUCCUAAGAGCUUUUCACUAAAGAUUUUUAACAAAAGCAUUUUCUAAAUUACCAUAAUUAAUCUUUCCAAUUUAUUAAGUCAGAAUAUAACAUGAAUUAACCCAAGGAAACAAACAAAACGAACACACUAAUAUCUAGCAAAUAGUUAAAGAAGCAAUUUGUUAUUAGGACAUACUCGGGCUGCUUCAAAGCUAUAUUGCAGUAUCUUGUUUCAUCUUUCUAAUACAUGUACAGUACAUGCUAGAGGAUAGAGCUGCAUCACUUAAAUUCAUGAUCUUUAUGAAAUAAUGCAGUCUAUAUACAUUUUCUGUUUUAUUUGGUUACAAAGUAAAGUGGAUGCCACCAAACGUAUAGCCAAAUUGUAAGUGCUUAAAAGGCAGUGCUCUGAGUAUGUUCAGUUCACAGUAAGUAGAUUUAUUGGAAUAAAUAUUUUAUGGUACAGUCUCAGAAAUUGGCUACCAACUAAAAUAUGUUUGACCCAUUUUGAAUGAGUAAAUUGAAAAGAAAGCUUAAAAAGAGAAAAAUGCAUGUUUAUACACUUUUAAAAUAAAACCAAACCUUGUAAGUGGACAUUAAUGACAGUGUCCUGCCUCAUUUGUUUUCACAAUUUGCAGGAGUUCCUGAACAUCAGUCAUGUAUGCUGAAAAGAAAUAGGACUUUUAUAUAUAUGUUAGCUACUGUACAUGUAUAGUCAGUCGAGUAGAAGAGAACGUUCCUGAAAUUUUCACCUGUGACAUUCUCCCAUGUGCUUCCUACCCUAUCCUAAAUUCUAUUUCUAUCUGUACUUUCUCAUUUAUUUCCUGUGAUGGCUUGAGUAGUUGGUACUUCAAAAAUUAUUCAGUGUCAUGGUCAAGGUCAGUUCUUAAAUAUGGGACCCCUUUGAAUGAUAGCUCAUAUGGCAUGCAUUAUUGGCUCAGUCUCCAAUUGAUGUCAUGUGGUUAUAGCCAAGGAUUGACAAUAAUUAAAUCUUCCCACCUUUUUUAUUCUCUAAGACUGCAUCAGCACAGGCAAGUAUAGGAUGUAAUGUCUUUGUGGGCCCCAACAUCCUGGUGCCGCGUAGUUCAUUUCUUCUCUGAAGAGCAGAAGAAUUCUGAGACACACUCAUUAACCCUUUAGCAAUGUUUGACCAUCAGUGCCUGAAUUUUAAUGCAGUUUGAUUAUUCUAGGACAAAGAGGCUGGGGAAGGGAGAAAGUUUCUGCAAAGAAUGAAUACAUACGUAUUUACAACUCAAGGAUGAAGGGUAUUUCCAUUUUUGUUCAGGUAGUUUCCUAUUUCACUUCUUUCUGUUUAAAAGCAAACACAUUUCCAAGAGUUUCAUUCAUUUGUGCUCCUUUUACGCUCCUCUGUGACCCAAUUUAGUCUAAAACUUGAGUUUAUUACACCUAAUUUGAACUGCUGUUUAUGGACAGGUGAAAGUGAUUACGAAUGAAGUGUAUGCAUGCAGAUGACCUAUGGAGUAUGACGGGGUACAGCAUCAUAGCUUCUUGAUUGUCUUCAGUACGUACAUAAAAAUUAAAUGCUCCAGUUAGAUUAUGUUAGUGAAGACCCUGUGACUACUUGGAAUUUUCUUUUAGUUUAUUCAUGUUGCCUCUAAAAUCUAGUUUAAAAUAAAUUGUUCAGUCAAAACUUUACCAACAAUAUCACCCUCACACAGGCAGAGGGCAAGAUAAAAUGUUGUGACUAUAUGAAUGAAUUCAGCAACAUUAUCAAAAAAGGAGACUUCAUUAACUUGCUAUAUGUAAAAAGCUACUAAUCAGUAUAUAGGAAAAUAUAAACAUGUGUGAGAGCCACCAUGUUUUUUUUCCAUUUUGUAACUGAUUAAAUGAAUGUGAGUAGAAAUUCAAUUAGCUCCCUCUUUUGCAGAUUUAAACAGAGGCCUCAUAAGCCAUCAGAAGGAAAUAUGGGUAGGAGAGAAUGUAGUCUUAUCUUGCACUCAUAGGCAACACUGCAGUGCAGUCCUGUCAGACACAAACAGCUUCAUUCAAACAGGCAAAGUCUCCUUUGGGAACAUGGCCAUAUCAGUGCCCAAACUCAGGUAUGCCAGUGUAUAUAGGUGGAGUCAGCCUACCCAUUCUCCAGAUCCUUUCCAUGGUACAUUUAAAAUAAGGCAGGAUAGCAUAAGGACAUGAAAAUAACUGAUUUCUUCACAGAAUUUGAAUCCAAUUCAAGGGAGAAUAUAGGAAAAUCAAGACCAGCAUGUAAGGUAUCACGUAACCAAAGGGAAGUAAAACCAAUGCAAGUUUACUUGCUUGGAGUAACAGAAAUGAUUUAUUGGCAUUCUAUGUCAUAGUUUAAUGCUCUGGGUAUUUACGUAUUUUUUUCAAUGAGAUUUGAGUUGAAAGUUAGUAUGCGCUUUGGUGAACACUUUCCAAUUUCUGUUCAAUGGAUUUAUGUCAUUGUCCAUUGACAAUAUAAUGACAAUACCAAUGAAUGAGCUCUAAACUGUGGUGUAUCUUCUCCACUGGGAAGUGAUUGUGCAUCAGUAUUAAAGAUAUGCAGAACUAUAACAUUCACAGAUUUGUUCAUCUACUUCUGUAUAUUGUAUUAAUAGAAUUACAUGACAAGAAUUGGUGUGAACAUGUCUUUCCACACUAUCUUAGAGGUGAAGUUACUUUUAUUUUGCUUCUCUAUAACGUGCAUUUCAAAUGAAACACCACACUUCUUUUUAUAUGACAUUCAGUUUACUGAUUUUUUUAAAUCUCAUAAUUUCAAAAGCAUUUAUUGUGACUUUAAAGUGUUGCAAGAUAAGGGAUUUUGUGGCCGUGGGUAGACUUUUUAUACUUUGUUUUAUAGAUAGAUUUUUUUCAUUGUAGUUUGUUUAAGUCACCAAACAGCGUCCAAAAUCUUAAUGUGUCUCAUUUGAUGUUGUUAGAUCAGAAAAAAAAAAAAAGAAAAAAAAUUGACAUAAAACUGGUUAAUAGUAUUGUCAAAGAAUUGUGUAUUGUGUACUCAC